UCUUCUUCAUCUCCUCUUUGUUGCAUUUCUCGACCGAUUAACAUCUUUGUAUCUUCAGCGGGAACUUUUUCCCGCUCUCUCCAUAAGAAGCUGCUGCUGUUGCUGUUAAUCUGCAACAGUGAAAGAUCUCUUGAUUUAUAGGAUUCAAUCAACAAUUAGGGUUUAUUUUUAUGUAUUCUUCACCAGCAAAGAUAUCAGCUAAAAAAAGGUUUCUGGCUCACAUGACGGCUGUUCAAAACACAGAAACUGAUAUGACAGAAGACAUUGGCGAGACAACUGCUGAAAACAUUGAAAAUAAGGCAGCUGACAGCACUGAAAGUAAGGCAGAUGACAGCACUGAAAAUACUGCAGAUGAAGAUAUAGAAAAUACCACAUCUGGAAAUGUCGAGAAUAGAGGUAAUGAAGACAAUGGAAGCAGGCCUGUGGAGAGCAUAGAAAAGAUUAAUGAGGCUGAAGGCCAUAUUGUUCCCUUCCCAAGUAGUGGUACCAAACCCAAAAGACCAUAUGUAGGUAUGAUUUUUUCUUCUAUACGAGAGGCAGAAGUUAGUUACCAAGACUACGGUAGGGAAAACGGCUUCAUAAUACGUAGAAGGUCAACAUAUAAAGCUCAGCGUGGACGUAGAGUAACAAGAGUCCUAUUCACCUGUUCUUGUGAAGGACUGCAUAAGAAAAAAUGUAGUGUAGAUGAUGAGGGUAAAACCAAGAAGGCUAGGUCAACAAUGAGAACAAACUGCAAGGCUAUGAUGCGAAUCAUUUGGGAUAGAGAUUCAGAUGACUGGGUGGUCAAUGAUUUCACUGAUGAUCACAACCAUGUUAUGGUCACUCCGACCAAGAGGGUUCUUAUGGGAUCUAACAAGUAUAUGCCUCACUCCAUAAUGACAAAGUGGAUGAAAGAUGCAAACCGGGAUGAAGCUGAUCUUCCUAACGAAUUUCUUAUGCAUGACCGACUUGUUGGAACAGAAGCCAUGCGGAUUAGUCAUCUCUGUCGACGAUCAACACAAUUGGCAUAUUUAGCAGGUCGAUCAGAGGAUGGAUACAAAGUUGUGAUGGAUAUUCUUGACCAGGCAUUUGAAAAGAUUAAGCAAUUAGACACUGCUGUAAAUGAGAAGGCUGAGAAACCUGCUGAUAUUAUUAUAGCUGAUGCUGUAAUACUCCCGCCCAUCUCUCAAGAAAAAGGCACAAAGAGGGUUCGGAAAGGAAAGGACAAAGCAACAGAGGUUACUAGCGAGACCUACCAAUCGAGGAGUGGGAUAGAUACUUCUGUAGGAUAUAAAAGGCCAAGAGUUUGUAAAACCUGUAGUGGGCAAGGUCAUGACACUCGAAACUGUAGGUUCGCUGAAGAGCCUAUAUGCAACUGAAGGAUCAAUAGCUGCGUUUAUCCAGAAGGUCCUGGAUUCUCCAGCUCUGUUGUUAAGCUCUGUCAGGUUCAACCUCAAAUAAAGAGAUGGUGCAUGUGUUGUGCACCCGGCCCUUCAUACUUCUGAUAUAUUUUGUUUUUUGUUGUAUAUCUUAGUUUUCCAGAUUUAUUAAAUUAAAUCAUGAUUAGUGUUGAAAUUAUUAGAAUCAUUAACAAGUAUUAACGUGUUUGUGUUCUAGGUUGAGCACAUUUU